UUCAGAUUUUAAAUGGUGGAUACACUUGCAGUAAAGACCAGAAACCAAAUGUCUGAGGCUUAUUCAAAAUUGGAACCAAGGUUCUAAGGGAAUAAUUUUAAUGAACUGUAAAUACUUGCUGGUACUUCUGAGGAAACUCACCAGUUUCCUGUCUAAAUUGGGCCUAACGCUACAUCAGUAACAGCGCAGGAGCAAGUAUGAAGAAGACUGCUGGCUGCCCUGAGAUGGCUAUGGCAACUUGGAAAGAAGAGCCUUACCUUGAUGUUGGCAAUGUUUACUAAGGGCAGCUGGUCAGAACACAAAACGAAGAUGGACUUUUGUGCAACUAGUAGCGACAAAACACAAGUGGAAGUACUAUUAAUUUUAUCUUGAAAUUAACAACUAAAUGUAUAUUCACCUUGGGACUCAAACCACAGAUUGCUCUCGGAAAUUCUAGAAAUCCAGUCAAUUUAAUUGCUGUUCAUCCUUGCUUUCAUUUCUUCUAAGUGUGCACAGUACGAUCCAGAAUAUGAGAGGAGGUGUGAUCAUCUGCUUCCUCAUGGCCACAAUACUGACAGAGUUAGCCUGCUGGGAACACAGCACAGUUCAACCAAACAGAGAAACAAUGGCGAGUCUGCUGCCGUCACUGACUGAGUCACGUUCCAUAAUAAUGUCAGCACAAUAUAAGUGUUACUUAAAAAUCAUCAGAGAUCCACCAUAUAAAAUGAAAGGGUCCUACUGCAGUCGUACCUGGGAUGGAUGGCUCUGUUGGGAGGACGCUCCUGCCAAGUCAACCUCUGUGCAGCAUUGCCCUAACUACUUCCAGGACUUUGAUUACACGGAAAAGGUAACCAAGAUUUGCACCGAGAAAGGAAGGUGGUUCCAACAUCCAGAGAGCAACCGAACAUGGUCUAACUACACCCAGUGUACAGCGUAUACCGAGGGGAAACAGAUGACUGCAACAAUUCUCUAUUACGUGGCCAUCACAGGACAUGGAAUCUCCAUCUUGUGCUUAUUGAUUGCCCUUUGUAUUUUCUUCCAUUACAAGAGUCUCAGCUGUCAGAGAAUCUCACUGCACAAAAGCCUCUUUGUAUCGUACCUCCUCAACUCCAUAAUCACCCUCAUUUGGCUGUCAGCGGUGGCAAACAACAAGGAACUGGUGGAAAGGAACCCUGUUGGCUGUAGGAUAUUACUCUUUGUUCACUUGUACUUGAUUGGAUGCAAUUACUUCUGGAUGCUGUGUGAAGGGGUCUACCUGCACACUCUCAUUAUCGUGGCUGCAUUUGUGGAGGAGCAAAAUUUAUUCUGGUACUACGUACUUGGAUGGGGGUUCCCACUGAUUCCAGCCAUUAUACAUGCGAUUGCCAGGAGCAUGUACUACAAUGACAAUUGCUGGAUGAGUUCUGACACUGUUCUUCUGUACAUUGUCCAUGGCCCAGUCUGUGCUGCAUUACUGGUCAAUCUGUUCUUUCUGCUGAACAUUGUUCGUGUCCUUAUUACCAAGCUGAGGGUGACACACCACGUACAAUCUAAAGUCUACAUGAAGGUUGUCCGAGCCACGCUGAUCCUUGUGCCGCUCAUGGGGAUUCAGUUUAUUCUGAUUCCAUCCAGACCUGAAGGACAUCUGAUUCGGAAGAUUUAUGAUCAUGUGAUACACGUUUUUGCACAUUAUCAGGGUUUACUGGUGACAUUGAUAUUCUGCUUCUUUAAUGGAGAGGUACAAGUUGCAUUGAAGAAGCACUGGUCAAAGUAUAGGGACCAGAGCAAUCACCAGUUUAAUAACUUGGAUGGUUCCCAUUCCAAUGCUACAUCAAUGUCAGAGAUUACCCGAAACUCUCUGGCACAGUCCAUCAGCAACCACCGAACCAAUGGCAAGAGCUGGUGUGAGACUAUCCCACUGAAAGAAAUAGGCAACCCUGUGUGAGGGGUUUCCUUACCCAACCCCUUUAAAGAUUUUUUCCCAUAUACAGGGGAAAGUGUGUGUAUAUAUAUAUAGCAAGUCGUAUUCUUGAAUUGUGGUAAUAGCUCCAAGCUCCAUUUAACAGAAUGAGGUGCAGUCCGUGUGGAUCGGAAAUACACAGACGUUUUCUUCAGAACAUAGCAGCUUACUUCUGGUUCCGUUGAACAAGUACCAUUAAAACUCUCUCUACACUUGAUUAUGGAACUAACCCAUUGCGCCUGUUCCUUUGAACAAUUUGACAGGCCAAGGUGAUUAAAACAUCAUCUGAGGGGCAAAGCUCUUAAAGUUGGAAUUUCAGAUCUGGUAAGAGCAAUUCAACGAUGUGCAUUUUGAUAGCAGCUUCAACGUGGGAAAAUGUUUCAAGGUGCUUCAUUUUUUUUUUGCCAAAUUGCUCUGUAAGACCUUGGGAAACUUGUGAAGAAACUGAGAUGAGAUGGCUCUGAGCAGAGUGACUGCCUGACUCUAACCAGUAAUGUACAAGAUAGCAAUGUAAGACGGUUUCUAUGUAUCUUCCCUGGCUGCCAAGCUUCACAAAGUGUACUUUACAACUGUUGUUUGGGAGGCUAAUAUGAUCGUUUCCUUUGUCUUUUAAUGAUUUAAAUGGUUCCAGUGAACAUUUCUGACUCAGGGACUUGGAUAGUCAAAUCCCAAAUUUGAAACUACUUUCCAUGAAUACGCAGGCUAUCCUAGGUACCAAUUGAAUUGGAGCUUCAUUUAAAGUGGCUGUUUUCUCAAAUUCUCCUGCUUUGAAUUGUUAAGGAUUAAUCAUGUCAAGCUGCUCCAAGAAUCACAAACAUUGCGAUUAAAGUUAGCUUUGUACAUUGCUGCCCCUUUCUCCGGGUCUGGCUAAGUGACUUCUUUCAAAUUGUACCCAUAUUAGGGGAGCAUGUUAAUUUUUAGAGGUUUACACUUGUGUCUGUCUUUAUCCCUAAUAUUGUUAAGACUUCUGCAGUUACUUCCCAGAAUUAUUCUUAUGAGCUGACUGGCAUUGGAGGAAGGUUUCAGGAUUGUGUAUACAAAAAUCAGUCUGCGACUGGAUUGAGCAUUACCUCAACUGGAACAAGUAAUUGAAUCAUGCUCCCAUGGUAGCUGACUGUACACUCCUGUUAUUUAUAUUAUCCACAUAAAAUGGUCAUAUGUUGAAAAAGCAAUGUCACCAGGUACCACGCCACCACUGGCUCGUCCAAGAAAAGCUUUUACUCAAUAACCAUUUUCUGAUCUUUAAGUUUUUCAGGAUUUCUCUCUAAAAUCUGUAUGGAACAAGACCACAGUAAUCCAAGGGACAACAUUGGCGGUGAUCCUGCCCUAGUGACAUGAUGAAAAGACAGAAUAAGGGCCUGGAUUUAAUUGUUACAUUGUUGCUCCUUUCCGCACCUUGGGCAGCAACGCUACCGUUUCUUUAGCAUUUGUUCCCCCCCCCCCCGAGGCUGAAUUGUUAGUUUGACGCUCAGCCCAGCGCGGGUGGGAAGUGUACAAGGAGCGGACCAGACUCGAACCUGGGACACUUGCCUCGAGGUCCAGUGCAAGUACCACCACGCCACCGGCUGGCUAAAUUGUUACAUUAUGUUGAGUUAAUUAAUGCCAUGCAGUACUUGUCCUGGAUUUAUUUCACAUGCUAAAUGAAGAAGUAUUUUAUUGAAUGAAUCAUGAGAUUCUGCAGAUACUGGAAAUUGCAGGUCGUUGGGUGACAGUCAGAGGGGGGAAUGCGAAGGUGAGCAGACAGGUAGUGCAGAGCACCCCUGUAGCCAUUCCCCUGAAUAAUAAGUUUACCGUCCUGGAUACUGUUGGCAGGGACGACCGACCAGGUGUGAACCACGGUGGCAGGGCCUCUGGCACUGAGUCUGACCCGGCGGUGCAGAAGAGUGGGACGGAGAAGAGAAGAGCUUUCGUCAUUGGAGACUCUAUAGUCAGGGGAGCAGACAGGAGAUUUUGUGGACAUGAGGACAUCUGCAUGGUUUGUUGCCUCCCGGGUGCAAGGGUCCGGGAUGUCUCUGACCGGGUGCACGACAUCCUGGGAAAGCAACCAGAAGUCGUGAUACAUGUUGGGACCAACGACACAGGCAGGAAGAGGGAUGAGGUCCUGAAAUGUGAGUUUAGGGAACUAGGCAGAAGACUGAAGAAUAGGACCUCAAGGGUGGCGUUCUCAGGAUUGCUGCCAGUGCUACGUGACGGUGAUGGUAAGAAUUGGAGGAGAUGGCAGUUGAAUACGUGGCUGAGGAGUUGGUGCAGGGAGCAGGGUUUUAGAUUUUUAGAUCAUUGGGAUCUCUUCUGGGGAAGGUGGGACCUGUAUAGAUUGGAUGGGUUGCACCUGAACUCGAGGGGGAGCAAUGUCCUUGCAGGUAGGUUUGCUAGCAUGGUUCGGGAGGGUUUAAACUAAUUUGCAAGGGGGAUGGGACCCAGAGCGAUAGAGCAGUGAAAGAAGUGCAUGGAGUAAAGCCAGACCUAACAUAUAGAGAGGCUUUGAGGAAAGAGAAGCAGAAUAAACGGUGUAAAUUCUGUAAGGUAGAAGGGCUGAAGUGUGUGUACCUCAAUGCAAGAAGCAUCAGGAACAAAGGUGAUGAACUGAGAGCUUGGAUACAUACAUGGAAUUAUGAUGUAGUGGCCAUUACAGAGACUUGGCUGGCACCAGGGCAGGAAUGGAUUCUCAAUAUUCCUGGA